AUGCCUCACGCAUCCUACCACGCCCACCCGGUACGUAGCUACGGCCACGGCCACGGCCACGUCCACGCGCGUCACCUCAUCCAGGAGCGCGCCGAGGAGGCUUAUUCCCCCAAGAGUGCAUCCUACGGCACCGAAAGCAACCACAUUGUCCGGCGCGACUCCGGAUCAGACGACACCAUGAUCAACCUCCUCCUCAUCAUCCUCGGUCUCGUCUUCCUAGCCCUCCUGUCCGUCGCUGCCCUAUGGUUCCUCCGCCGCCGCCGUCAGCGUCUCGCGCGCGCUGCCGCCCUGGCCAGCGCCGGCUCCAUGAACGACGACGGCCUGCCCUCCUACAGCGAAAAGGCCGCCUGCGGCCCCGGCGGCCUCACCAUCGAGACCAAGCACAACGGCCGCUCCAGCACAAUCUACAUCAACCGCGACGGCCAGCCUAUGCUCGCCAACCCCAAGUCGCCCCCCCACUCCCCCGACAAUGUCCCCGAGAUCCACAUCACCUUCCCCGACGAGCAGGACGACCAGGGCAAGAACACGAGCGGCCGCGUCCUCGUCGUCCGCGUCGGCGACAACGCCUCGGUCGGUCUGGAGCCCGUCUCCGGUGACGACGAGCAGCUCCCCGCCUACGAGAAGGAUUCCAAGGCCGGCUUCUACUCCGUCGAUAUGGACAAGAUUGGUGGUCUCAAGGAGAAGGAUCCUCGCUACGAGUGA